GGGACGGACUGUGGAACAGCGAAGAGAGAGAGGAGGAGGGAGAAAUAGAUAGAGGGGGAGGUUUUACUGCACGGUGAAGGAGGACUGCAGCCACUCCUCGUUUCUUUAAAGCGGCCAAGCCUGGGCUCGCCGUGUCUGUCCCGCCUCCCGCACAGGGGUGUCCAGCGCGGUGCUGUUCUCCCCCCGCCCGUCUCAGUCUGCAAACCGGGGGAUUUGAGUGGGACCUCCUGCCUGGGGCUGGCCGUCCGUGUCUCUCCCGCACGCCGAGGAGGAGGAGGAGGAGGAGGAGGUCUGUCUCUGAACAAGAAAGAUGACCGAAUACAAACUAGUGGUGGUCGGAGCUGGUGGCGUAGGCAAAAGCGCUCUGACAAUCCAGCUUAUUCAGAACCACUUUGUAGAUGAGUAUGAUCCCACGAUAGAAGAUUCUUACAGAAAACAAGUAGUAAUUGACGGAGAAACGUGUCUUUUAGAUAUUCUCGACACAGCAGGUCAAGAGGAGUACAGUGCAAUGAGAGAUCAGUACAUGAGGACGGGCGAGGGCUUCCUAUGUGUCUUUGCCAUAAAUAACACUAAAUCAUUUGAAGAUAUUCAUCAUUAUAGAGAACAGAUAAAACGGGUAAAAGACUCUGAUGAUGUCCCCAUGGUCCUAGUGGGAAAUAAAUGUGAUUUGCCCUCGAGGACAGUAGACACAAAACCAGCUCAGGAUCUAGCGCGCAGUUAUGGAAUUCCUUUCAUUGAGACGUCAGCAAAAACGAGACAGAGAGUGGAGGAUGCAUUUUAUACACUGGUACGUGAGAUUCGCCAGUAUAGGUUGAGAAAAAUCAACACUGAAGAGAAGACUGCACGCUGUGUGCCCUUUAAAUGUGUUGUGAUGGGUGUUGACGAUGCUUUCUACACACUAGUCCGUGAAAUUCGAAAACACAAAGAGAAAAUGAGUAAAGGGGAAAAAAAGAAGAAAAACAAAACCAAGAAGAAGUGUUUAAUUAUGUGAAUACAUUUUGGUGUAGAUGUAUGCUUAGCUGGAAAAGUGAUAUCUGAUUAUUUUUUGUAUUUUUUUGUACAUUACACUAAAUUAUUAGGCUUUCUUGUUAUUGUCCUUUUUUUUUAAUCAAAUUUAGUUUAACAGAACUGACAGCUGUCGGGUCAUGGCCUGAACCUUUUCUUAAAAAAAACCUUAAUUUCUUUCCAAAGCCAGUAUUCCCCGUCUGUCAUUGUUUUGUUAAAUAGCACAACUGUGUUGUUCUGAAAACAAACUGAUUGCUGUUUUGGGGCUUUUGUGCAUGUAACUAUGCUUUUCUAAAUACAUUUUGUCUUUAUUUAUCAUGCUGAAAAUAUAUAUAUGGAAAAGUAUAUUUCCUCUUGAGUGCCAAUAGCCUGCUAGGUUCCACUUGUCAUGAAUGGUUUACCUGGGAUAUAUUUUAAUAUCUUUGUAUGGUUGUAAAACUUAAAAGGUGCACAUUUUAUACAUUGUGCUUUAUUUGUCAAUGAUUUAAUUUCUCUCAGUUCUUUUAAUUGUGCUGACUUGAGAAUGUUCAUUAAUGUUCUAAAGAACUGACAAGUGGCCAGUGUCAGACUUUGUAAUGUUUAUACUGUAGAAAGUUUGUCUGAUAUUUGUUGUAAUGGCUUUGAUGACAAAAAAAAUGUACUUUUAGUGAUUAAAAAAUAAAGCAAUCCAACCUUGUUCUGACAUUUUAAAA